AGCAAUCCCAGGAGGGACAUUCCAGCCCUGCUGCUUCCAAGCAGGUGAAAAAUGCAGGAAAACCUGGAAAAGAGGGAGGACACAAGGAUUCAGGAAAUGGGAAUACAGAGCAGAAUUCUGGGGUGAGACAGGAGGAAGGACAACUCGAAUCAGGAUCAGAUGGAGCUCAGGAGAAGGACAACGAGCAGAGGAACAGCAACACUGGUGGCCAAGGAAGAGAAGUCCAAGGACAAGGAAGUGGCACCAGUGGCCAAGGAAGCGACUCCCAGGGACAGAGAAGAGCUGGUGGCCAAGCAGAUGGCACCAAUGGCCAAGAAAGUGGCACCUCCAAGGAUAAAAGUGGCAUCCAGGGCCAGGAGAACAACCAGAAUGAGGAGAAUGAGAACCAGCAGAAUGGCAUCGACAACAAGGAGAACCAAAGCGGCACCAAUGGCAACCAGGACAAUCAAGGUGGCGCCAGCAGCAAUCAAGGUGACACCAAUAGCUUGAGAGGCUCCAACACCAAAAAGAGUGAGGCCAACAGCCAGAGUGGCUCCAACACUGACCAAGGUGAUGCCAACAGCCAGAGUGACUCCAACACCGACCAACAUGGCUCCAACACCAACCACGGUGGCUCCAACACCAACCAAGGUGGCUCCAACACCAACCAAGGUGAUGCCAAUAGCCAGAGUGGCUCCAACACCAACCAAGGUGGCUCCAACAACAACCAAGGUGAUGGCAAUAGCCAGAGUGGCUCCAACACCAACCAAGAUGGCUCCAACAACAACCAAGGUGACACCAACACCAACCAGGAUGACACCAACACCAACCAAAGUGGCUCUAGCACCAACAGCCAAAGUGCCAGCCAGGCCAACCCCAGUGACAACCAGAGCGACAACCAGGGUGGCACUGGUAGGAACCAAGGUGGCUCCAGUGGUGCCAAUCAGGAGAGCAGUGGGACCAUGGGUGGGGACAGUGGCCAAGGGGACAAGAACCAUGAGCAGGAGAACAAGAAGAUGAUGGAGGAGAACCAGGAGAACCAGGACCAGAAGAACCUGGAGCAGGAGGACCUAGAGAAGGUCAAGAAGGAGCAGGAGAAGAAGGAACAGGAGAACCUGGAAAAUCUCAAUGAGGUCGACCAGGAGAACCAUCAAGACCCCAGCAUGGCCCAGGAUGAUAUUGGAGAUUCCCAGAUGCCUUCAGAGCUUGGUGCCAAUUCCUUGGAUUCUGUGGAUGAGGAUGGGGAGGAAGACAAAGAAUUGUCCAUUCCCAAAUCUUUACCCAGGCCUAGAUCCCAGAAUAGUCAUUUCUUGGCCUAUUUGGUGACCUCAGCCAUUGUCAUCGCUGCUCUCUACGUGGCCUAUCACAAUAAGAGAAAGAUUAUUGCGUUUGCCUUGGAAGGGAAGAGAUCCCGAGGGAUUCGUCGUCCCAAAUCUGGGGAAUACCAGAGGCUGGAGCAGAAGAUCUAA